GCACACACACGAAUACAAAGAGCCGCCCGCGACCUUCCUCCCCUGCAGCGCUCACCCCCACUCAGGAGCGCCAUGGGCUCUGGGAGCCACUCGUGGGUGUGCCUGCGCCCUGGCUGCCCGUGCCGGGAGUGCUGAGGGGGAAGCUCCCACACUCCCUUGGGACCACCAUGUCCUUCAGCGCCACCAUCCUAUUCUCACCCCCCGGCGCCCAGGAGGCCACAGGCUGCUGCUGUGCCUGCAAGCGGGAGCCGGGGGCGGAGGGGGUGGGUAGCGCCCCCCCGCCCCCCUGCGCCCCCAUCAGCGUCUCGGGCCAUGGGUUGGCGGUGCAGAGCUCCGAGCAGCUGCUGCAUGUCAUCUACCAGCGCCUGGACAAGGCCGUGGGGCUGGCCGAAGCCGCCCUGGCCCUGGCCAAGGCCAACAACCAGGCCCUGCGGCGGCUGGAGGAGGAGGUGGGGGGACUGCGGAGGGAGGCGCACCCAUCUGUCAAGGCCAGCCCCCCCCCGCUGGCGGCCGAGGAGGAGGAGGAGGAGGCUGAAGGCUUGGGGAGCAGCGUCCAAGUGGUGAUCGAGGAGCUGAGGCAGCUAGGGGCAGCGGCAGGGCCGUCUGGACGUCUGGGUUUCUCACCCGUGCAGCCUGGAGACUCGGGACUGGGUGGGGUGCUGGAGGAGCUGCCCCCCCUGGAGGUCCCCCAUCAGCGAGUGGUGGUCCCGGCUUUCCCCACCACCCCCUCCCCUUCCCCCCAGCCCGUGGGGGAGCCCUCGCCCUCGGGCUCCGAGGAGCCGCCCCCCUGCACUGCCCUAGAGGAUGGUGGCCUGGGGGAGCCCCGGUUCUCACUGGGGUUCAUCAGCACCCCCUGCCGCAGCCGGGGCAACGGGCCCAAGAACACCCGGCGCAAGAGAGACCUGGUGCUGUCGAAACUCGUCCAUAAUGUCCACAACCACAUCACCAACCAGAGGAGAUUCAACGGCUCUGAGAGCAUCAAGUCUUCCUGGAACAUUGGGGUGGUGAAAUUCCUGUUGGAGAAACUGAGGCAUGAACUGGUGACGAGUCAGCACAACUACACGGACAAGGAACUGAAGGGUGCCUGCGUGGCAUACUUCCUGACCAAGCGGCGCGAGUAUCGCAAUUCCCUGAACCCCUUCAAGGGGCUGAAGGAAAAGGAGGAGAAGAAACUGCGGAGCCGGCGCUACCGGCUCUUUGCCAACCGGGCGGGCGUGGUACGGCUGCUGGGCCCUGAGGAGCAGCGGCUGUGGCGGGGCGUGACGGAGGAGCUCAUGUCAGACGAGGAGGACAGCCCGAGCGAACCGGGGGUGUGGGUGGCCCGGUCCCCCCGCUUCCGUGCCACCCCCCUCACCCAGCUCUGCUACCGCCUCGACAUCAAUGCCAAGCACGGCGCCAAGGCCAACCGGGUCUACGGGCCGCCCUCCGAGCGCCUGCCCUCCGCUGAGGCUCAGCUCCUGCCCCCCCACCUCUACGACCCCCGCUUCCAGGAGCGUGAAGAGGAGGGGGACUCCAGGUCCGCCCCUUUCCCCCCGCCCCACAAGGCCUUCUGCCCUGACCUCCACCCCUUCCUCGAGAUCAAGGUGGAGAAGGAUGAGUGAGCCAGGACAGCCGUCCCACACCCAAGAUGGCCACCACAGGGGGCCAGCGACCCUCCCAACCUGGGCUCAAGAUGGAGAAUGUUCAGGGACGCAAGAUGGCUGAUGGAGGAUUCUGGGGGAAUGGGGACAGGAAAUGGGGCAACAAGAUGGAGAGAGACGAAUGAUCAAAGAUGGCUGCCACGCAUCCAAGAUGGCUGCCGUACAUUCAGCAUGGUUGCCUCCCAGCAAGAUACCGCCAGUGGGCUGUAAGGGGUCGGGAGCUGCGACGUUCCCCCUCCCCCCCACCCAGUGCUGCCAGGAACCCCUGGGGAAGGAUAAGUGAGCCAAGAUGGCCACUGCAGAUUGGGCGGGGGCAGGGCUGUGGAAUGCCUCUCCCCCACCCAGCUCCUUCACUAACUUCAGGGUGGAGACGGAUGAGAACUUGGGGGACAAAAAGGGGGAGCCAAGAUGGCUGCCCACAUCCAAGAUGGCCGCCCUGCACACAAGAUGGCCACUAUGGGGAAAGGGAACAGGACGUCCCCAGCUCCACUGGGCCUGAUCUCAUGGUGGAGGAGGAUGAAAGACUGGGGGGGCCGGAAAUGCCGGUGUCUCCCCAGGGACUGGGUGGGCAGGAGGUUGAGGGGGACAGUGACAAGGGGGGAGUCCCCUGAAAUACGAGGCCUUUUCACUCUCA